AUGAUCAUGUUCCUAUUUUGUCCUAUCCAUUUCUAUGCUUCACCUUCUCCUUUCUGUUUUUAUAACCAGUCACUAAUUCUGCUAGCCCUGGAGUACGUCAGUGGCGGAACACUGGAGAACAUCAUCCAGGACCAAGGACGUCUGAAUAACAAGCAAGUGUUGUUUUAUGCUUCAGAACUAGUGGUGGGUAUACAGUUCCUGCACGAGAAUGGGAUCGUUCAUCGUGACCUCAAACCAGAGAACAUAUUGCUGGAUGAACAGGGCCAUGUGAAGAUCGGUGAUUUUGGCCUUGUCUGCACCGGUAUGUAUGGAGCAAAAACACGGUGCGACUAUUACGGAACACCAGGAUACACGGCACCACAGGUUUUAUUAGAGGAGCAAUACGACGCUGGAGCUGACUGGUGGUCUUUAGGAGUCAUCUUGUACGAAAUGGCCACCAAUAGGUUACCAUUCUCACCGAAGGGCAACUUGAAACAACAGGUAGAAAGCAUUAUCAACAGAGAGCCUGAAUAUCCAGACUCCCUUUCUACCAAACUGCGUGACCUCAUAAAACAGCUCUUGAAGAAGAAGGCCGACCAACGCCUUGGGGUGAAUGGCAACAUCCGGGAUCAUCCAUUUUUUUCCACUCUCGAUUGGUCAAAUGUGGAGAAAAGAAAAUUAAAGCCUCCUAUAAAACCAAGUCAUGUAAGUGCAUAG